ACCCGAAAGCGCCUGAAUCCUGCUGCUUUUCACCGUCUGUAAAGAUCAAGAAAACGCAUUUCACAAGCAACAUGGACGCUCAUUUACACGAUCAACUGCAUGAAAAUGGCUUUAUCUUCAAAAAGUCACUGGAGCGAAUCAUUGACAAGUAUUCAAAGCUUCAGUACCAAGACGGGGGGUAUGAGGUGGACCUGGACAACACAAAAACCCUAACUCUUGGACAAUACAUGAUGCUGUCAAAACAAGAACUGAACAAGCUGGAUUCAAAGAGCCUGAGAGAUCUGAGAGAGGAGUCAUUGAGAGUGCAGGACAUUACAAGAAACUCCCAGUUGGACGUCACGCAACAAGAUGGCGAAGCUGAUGAGACUUGUGUAUCCUCUGGCCAACAUUCUUGGGAUGAUUCCGGGAUGUCUAGAAGUGACACUACCCAGCUGACUGUGAGCCCUUUGGAUGAGAGUCAGAGAAACGUCUCUGAAACCGAGCUCCAGCCUGAAGAUCAAGACGAGGAACUGGAAAUGACUCUGAGAAGUCACGGUAGCUCCUUUGUGGAGCUCUACCCCAGCAUGAUCAGUCGAAUAAACAGGGCCCGACACCGGCAGAACGUCUCUGAGGCCGCCGACUCUGUGCUGAGGAGGUACCGCAGGUGGCGGCAGCAGCCGAGCAGGAGCAGUCUCAACAACACCUUCAUUGUGACACUGAGGAACACCAACAGCAACCCAAGAAAGAUGACCAGCAAGAUGCUGCACACGGAGAACUUCAACCCAAAGAAAAGGUUGUACACGAGGGUCGAAUCUGUCCCUCGCUCGAUCAAUCUGCAAGCGCAGCAGCCAUCUCCUGAAAGAGGGAGGGGCUCGCUGAGAAGAGAGCAGCACCAGCCUAUCCUCGUCAUGGACCUCUCCGGUGCCCCUGACACCUCUCAACUCAAAGACAACUCGUUGAAUGAGACCUUCACUGUGUCUGAACGGUCCCUGCUGGGAGAACGGCCCUGCACUUACACCGCCAGUCCUUCACGAUCUUACUACCCUGCUGCGAAAGCGUCCUCGGACCUGUCCCUUAGGUCUAGAAGGCUUUCUCUCUCGGCUCACUCGGAGCAGGCUGCUGGUUGCUCCAUGUAUGCGUCAGAAAUCAGCACAGUUAAAGAAAGAGCUGAUAAUUACGGCUCCCCGGUCCGGCAGAGUCCCUUAAAGGCAAGGAUGAUGACCAGCCUCAAAACAUCACCUCACGGCUUUUUUAGGAGCCCCAGAAAAUCUUCUGUGGAAAGCUUUUCCAGAGAAGCUCCGGGGCCCAGAUCAACGUCCAGCUCUCUGUCCUCUCCUCCACAGAGGCCCUCUGUGCCGCUGAGGCUGCUUUGCCCUCAGGACUCCCACCUCUCCCUCCAGCCACAGCCGCCUUCACCUCAGCCGGCCGCAGCAGCAGGUCGUAUCAGGCUCCGGCGGCACCUUUCCUUCGACUCCUCGCAGCCUUCGAUCUCUGUCUCCUACUCACCGAAGAAGCUUGACGAGGACUUUCUGAAACUGUACCACAAGUUCGUCUGCCAGAACAAAUCCUCUUUCUUCAACAGCCAACCCUGCCGUCUCUGUGCUAGAAGCUCUGAGGCCAGCAGAGGCCCCUCCUCCUCAUCUUUGGCGGCCCUCGCCUUGUCGCCUCACCGCUCCGUCCUGAGGAAACGCCACAGGGAGUUUGGCUGGGGCGGUAAUCCGCAGUCCAAACGCUCCAGGGACGAGAGCUGCACAUCCUCCCCAGGGUCCAAACGCCACGGGAAUGAGAUGCUGCGGCGCCGUCUCUCUCUGGCUAAGCUGUCUCAUGAUGACCUCCCCUACAGCUCCAGUAAACACAGCGUGUUUCACAAAUCCAGCACGCAGCAGCAGCAGCAGCGUUCUGCACAUCAGGAAGUCGGGAUGAGACCAGGAUGGCCCGUAUGUGCAGCGGAGUUCUCCGGCCUGGGACGUUCACUUCAGAGCAGAAUGGCAAACGGCUUCUCCCCCAGAAAAUGGUGAACAUGGAUUACACCCGUCGACGAACAUCCCGCCCUCAGAGGUUCAACAACAGGAGCCAGGAUGGAAAAUGAUUCAUAUUUUGUCACGUAACAAAUAUCAGAGGAUCAUGUAGCAGUGUGAUGGUUCCAGUCCGAAGACUGGUGGAAGUGGAAACUGAAGUUCAUCAGGUGACAGAGCAGGUGAACUCUGUUGCUUCAGUCUGAGCUCAGGAAAUUCUUUUUACUAAAUCUCUGUUGAGACGUUAAAGUGCUCAUUGUUUUCCAUCUUCGUGUCUGUUUUUUAAAAAGAUUUUACUCUUAAAAAUCACUGAUUCGUUUGAAUGACGUCGUUCAUCCUGUUGUUUGUUCUGUUACUUAAUUUUAUACUUUUUGUGCUGUUUUACAUUAAAUACAUGAAGUUACUACAGCAUCAUAUUCAUUGUAAUAUCUGUUUAUUAUUCAAAUAAAAUUCUAUUUCAAUGUGAAGAA